GAGCCGCCGAGCGCCAUGAGCGGGGCUGGCCCCGCGUCCCCCGGCCGCGGCCCCGCGGCGGCCCCGCCGCACGGCGACAGGAGGCGGGAGGCGCCGGCCGCCGGCUCCCCCAUCCAGGCCAUCAUAAAGGAUGUUGGGGAAAUCUAUUCAAGGCUCCUGGAUCACAGACCAGUAAUUCAGGGAGAAAUACGUUACUUUGUUAAAGAAUUUGAGGAAAAACGUGGCCUCCGAGAACUGCGAGUACUUGAAAAUUUAAAGAAUACAAUCUUUGAAACAAAUGAACAUGUUCUUCCUAAGUGUGAGCAGGCAAUGCAUGACAAUUUGAAUGAAACAUUCAAGAGAUUGCAAGCUGCCAACGACAUGAUCCAUAAACUCCAAGAGAAAGAGUGUGAAGUGAGAAAGCUUCAGGCAGACAAGGUGAUGGCUCGGGAAGAGAAGUGCAUCGCCCACUGGGAGGAAUUCAUGAAAGAACAGCAGAACAAACGUGCAGAGGUGGAUGAAGAGCACAGAAAAGCUAUGGAGCGCCUCAAAGAGCAGUAUUCUGAGAUGGAGAAGGAACUGGCCAAAUAUGUUUCCUUUUAAGACCUUUUUUAAUAAUGAUGGAUUUGUGCCAUUACUUAGUUUAUUCUGACUUAAACUGAGGUUCUUUUGGAAAGCUGAAACAGAUAAGGUAUGGGAAGAAAAGGUUUGCAUACUUUCAACUUAAGUGCCUAUCUCUACUUGUUUGGUCCAGGGCAGAUGGAAUGCCAGUAUUUCUUUGUUGGAAGGUGGAACUGAAAUUUGUGUGACUACAUCAGCUCAGGGAGUUGCAAACUGGAAUUCUCUCCCAUCAGCAGAGUAUCGUAUCAUUUAGGAAAGCAGAGAUUAAUGCAGAGACUAAUGUAAUAUUAACAAUCCCAGUGUGCAGCCACACCCCUUUCCCUAAAAGUAGGUUAGUAGGUUCCAGCCAUAGUUGAGAAUUCACUGGGAAAACUAUAUAUCCUGCUUGUAGGUUUCAAGAAAAUAAACUUGUCUUAUGGAAUAUUUUACUUUUAGCAGUAAAAGAUCUCAACAGAGUUUUAAAUCCAAUUGUAAUUCAAACUUUUGGGUUGUACGUUCAGUAUUAUGAAAUAGAGUUGUGAUUGGAAAGGGUUUUGCUACCAUAAAAAUGGCUAAAUAAGCUUGGACAGCAAUUUCUUUUUUUUUUUUUCUCCGUGUAAUUGUCUCAGGCCUCUCUUUUUAAGCUUUACUGUUCUAAGCAAAGCCAAAAGAAGCUCAGAAGUAAUCAUGAGAAGCAUAUCGAUCCUUGUAUUAGCUUUGGAGCUAGUACAGUAUUUACCUUAAAUAUUUAUCAUGCUUUUGGUUUACUUAGGAUAAGCUUGUCAGAACUUUAUAAAGCAAUUGAGGUAAGAUUUUUGUUUCUUUAUCAGCAUAACAAAUGGACAGAUUACUGGUAAAACGCCUGUAGUACUGAUCUGCUUUCUUACUCUUACCGGGGAUGUAAAACUCCUGUAUUGCUUUCUUUUAUUCAAAACUUGCAGUUUACAGCAAUGUAACUGAAGAAGUUAACUUAAUCAGUUCAUUAACCAAGGAAAAUGAGACUUAGUACCUUAAUGAAAUUUGCUGCAAGCUAACCGUUAGUACAGGAAAUAUCUUUCCAUAAUUUAGCUGGUGUCCUAUGUAGAAUGGAAACAGGCAAAAAUAAACAGAAUUUAUGCUUUACCUGUAUUGCAGCAGUAAUAUACCAACAAUGGUUGCUUGUAUAAGCUUAUGGCUUGGUGUCAAGGCUCCGUUCCUGGCAGCAUGUUGAUAGUGUGAUUAAAGUUAGUAGAGGAGAUGGAAUAAGUAUUUGAGAUUUCUUUCAAUAACACUGAAUUCCUGCCAAGCUGCUCUGCCUGCUACUGUAGACCCAACAGCUUCAUCAAUCAUCAGCAUGUAUCUGGACUGAAAAGAGGACUUGCCAACAGUGGGGCAUGCUGGAAUGUUGUUAAUUCUCUGUUGUGGAUGGAAAAAA